ACGACCACCUCGUUAGAAGAUCACGACCACUGUUGAGACAAUUGCUUGGUUGAACUUCGGCAUGCGGUGGAUUCCUGCUCAGGGGGGUUCAAUGCGACUAGCCCACAGAGCCAGCAGACAUAAAAUCGGACUGCCACCAGUCGCCUCCUCGACUCAAUUGACCCUUUCCAUCUCGUCCUCCUCCCUCACUUCUCCCUCUGAUACCCUCGGUCUUCGUUCCAAGAGUAUCCUGGCCGUGACUCAGCCUUCCACAAUGGCUCGAUUUCCCGCUCACCAAAGCCGGCCCGUUCACGCGACCUCGGCCGUGAACCAUGCUGCUCCCGCCGAUGCCAACUAUGACACCGCCAACCCUGCCUACAUCCGCAAGUAUCUCCGCACCUACGGCCUGACUCCCCCGCGUGCGGAGUCGUACGAGACCCAGAAGACUCGCUGCCUCGCUCAAUUGGCUCUCAAGCAAACCGCCAUCGACAAGUUCCUCUACCUCAGCACUCUCCGUAAGAACAAUGUCCACCUGUUCUACCGUCUGGUCACGGACCACCUGAAGGAAUUGACUCCCCUUAUCUACACUCCCGUCGUUGGAGAAGCCUGCCAGAGAUGGUCCGAGAUCUACCAGCAGCCCGAAGGUAUGUACCUGAGCUGGGAAGACCGUGGCAACCUGGCUGCUGUCAUUGCCAACUGGCCCCAGCAGAACGUUGAGAUCACAUGCAUCACCGAUGGUUCCCGCAUUCUCGGUCUUGGUGACCUUGGCAUCAACGGCAUGGGUAUCCCCAUUGGCAAGCUGGCUCUGUACACUGCCUGUGCCGGUAUUCGCCCCGAGGCUACCCUGCCCCUGACCCUUGAUCUGGGAACCAGCAACAAGGCCUUCCGGGAAGACCCGCUGUACAUGGGUAGCCGCCGUGACAAGGUUACCCCCGAGGAGGAGCGUGAAUUCUUGGAUGAGCUGAUGGCUGCUCUGACCGAGCGCUGGCCCGGUAUUGUCAUCCAGUUCGAGGAUUUCAAGAACCCCUUCCCUGCUCUGGAGCGUUACCGUGAUGUCUACACAUGCUUCAACGAUGACAUCCAGGGUACUGGCGCCGUCAUCCUCGGUGGUGUGAUAAACGCUGUGAAGCGCUCUGGCCUCCCCUGCAAGGAGCACCGUGCCGUCUUCUUCGGCGCCGGCAGUGCCGGUGUCGGUGUUGCCAAGCAGAUCGUUGACUUCUUUGUCCGCGAGGGCAUGACCGAGGAUGAGGCUCGCGCCUGCUUCUACCUGGUUGACACCAAGGGUCUUGUCACUGCUGACCGUGGUGACAAGCUCGCCGAUCACAAGGUCUACUUCGCCCGCACGGACAACGCCGGCCUCCAGCUGAAGAGCCUCGAGGAAGUUGUUGACCAUGUGAAGCCGACCAUCCUCAUGGGUCUCUCCACCAUCGGUGGUGUCUUCACCCCCGAGCUUCUGCGCAAGAUGGCCGAGUGGAACACCCACCCCAUCAUCUUCCCUCUGUCCAACCCCUCGUCCAAGUCCGAGUGUGACUACGAGAGCGCUGUCACCAACACUGAUGGCCGGGCGCUCUUCGCUUCCGGCUCUCCCUUCCAGCCCAUGUCGUUCACCAACUCUGCUGGCGAGACUCGCACCUACUACCCCGGUCAGGGCAACAACAUGUAUGUCUUCCCCGGUAUCGGACUGGGUACCAUCCUCUCCAAGGCCGUCAAGGUCACCGACAGCAUGAUCUACGCCUCGGGUGAGGCCCUCUCCAAGGCCCUCACUGCUGAAGAGAUCGACCGUGCCCUUCUCUACCCCGACCUGACCCGCAUCCGUGAGGUCAGCGUCGUCGUGGCCCGCAACGUCAUCCGCGCGGCCCAAGAAGCCAAGGUCGACCGUGAGACCACCCUGCGUACGAUGAACGACGAGGCUCUGGACGCCUGGAUCAAGGCCCGCAUGUACAACCCCCACACCGAAGUCUUGGCUUUGGAGCGCGAGGUUGGCUCCAUCCUGGCUAGCCUGGGAACCAGCGCCUUCGCUUUGGAGGGCCUGAAUGAGGAGGACAAGAAUGCCAAGCUGUAAGCUUGAGCACCUCCCUUUCUUUCCUAAAAUACUGGCUUGUCCAGCUUGGCUUGGUUUUGUUUUCGAGCGCGUUUCUUGUUUCCCGAAUCCCGCUUGGAAGGAUGUGCUUCUUGUAUACCCCCAUUCUUUCACGGAUUCUGACACCUCUUAAUGACGAUUCUGUUGUCGGAUACCAGCGAUGUUGGACUAGGUUUUGGUUAGCUUAGAACUGGUCUCGUGUUGGGUAAACCGGAUGAUUCAAUGAUCCAUAUUUUCUUCGGG